GUCCUAACCUGAUAGCUAAGAUUUUUGACAUUUUACUUAGGUUUAGAUUGAAUAAGAUUGGGGUAUUAGCUGACAUAAAACAAGCUUUUCUAAAUGUUGGUAUAGAUGCACAGCAUAGAGACUACCUUAGAUUUUUGUGGUAUGAUUUGCAAGCUGAGGAUGAGCAGGUAGUAAUUUACAGGUUUUUAAGAGUAGUUUUCGGAAUUACAAGUAGUCCAUUUUUAUUGAAUGGGACCAAACGACAUCACCUCAGUAAUUACUUAGAGAAAGAAAGAGAAAUAGCACAGCGAGUUAUAGAUGAUCUUUAUGUUGAUGAUUUG